AUGGACAACAAAGGGUUCGCAAGGUCAGUCUGGAUGCUUAUUGAUCAUGUGAAAAUCAGGUUUAGUGUGGCUUUGCUUAGCAAAUCGAAUUGGCGAGUGCUUAGUGAAAAGGAUUUGAUGUGGUCUAAAUUGUUAUCUUUUAGGUAUGGAGACACUAAAGCUAAGAUCAUUAGUGCAUUCGAGCCUGCUAAUCAAAGAAAGGACUCUCUAUGGUGGAAGGAUGUGCGAGCGGUGGGUUCAAUAUUGAAGAUGAAACUACCUGGUUCUCCAUAUAGUCUCAGCUACUUUUGA